UUGACCAGGACCACACCACCUAAAUGCAUUGAAGCAACUGCCAUGUGAUUGGUUGAUUAGAUAAUUGCAUUAAUGAGAAAUUGAACAGGUGUUUCUAAUAAUCCUUUAGGUGAGUGUAUGCAACAUAUGCAGUAUGUGUUCUGGAUCUUUCUGAAUGUAAAUUAUAGGCAGUGAAUAAAAUUGAAAAAAAAAAAAACUGUUAUUAUUCUCUAACAAAGCAACGCAGAAGAUUUAGCGCUGUAGAUAAUUUUUGCAAACAUCCGAGGCGGCGGCGUCGUUCCGCUUCGGCAACGUGGGCCUCCGCUUGAAAUGCGUGUUUUCCUCUUGGUGCGGUUAGAUGGUUUGAUAAGAGCUUUAGGGAAUGGAAAACUGAAAAAAAAGCUUCACGAAGCACUGCGAAAGCACGCGUAGGUGUUUUAAGAGUGCCACAUGUGUGGUAGGAAAAAACCCCAGAUCUAUUGUAAAAUAGCUCGGAAAAAUAAUUUUCAUGUGCAAUUAAUUUUAAGCAACCUUGACAUUUUAUCCUUACCGCUAACACGUCUGUCAUAUAUUUUAAAAGGCUUUUCUGGUCUCAAAUGGGUACUGAAUGUGCUGUACUGUAAGGCCUAAAUAAGAAUUAUUGCUAAUUAUUUUAAUAAAUAAGUUUGCAGGCAGGAGCUGGUCGGUGUGUUUGUAAUGUAUAUGGCAGGUUUGCUGAUUCGUGCCGUGGCGUGCGGUUGAUCGGCCGCCGCACCGCAGCCGGUGACCUCCGGGUCUGAGCUCAGCAGGAGCGGCCCUUGCAGGGCAGCCCCAGUAAAACUCCAGCUGUGUAAAUGAGUAAGAAGCAUGACGUUUUCAAUCAUUUAAGUCAUCAGGUUUAAGACCUAUGCUGAGAAAAAUAGGGAACCCGUGCGUUUAAGGGUUAUGGAGUUUAAUUAAACCAGCAGACGCCAGGAAAUUAUCCGUAUUUUCGUUCUGUAUCUCACGGGAUCUGAGAUUUUUUUCUCCUGUAUUUGCUUUCCUAUUAAGGCUUCGACAGUAUGUAUUACACUGUUUGGUUCGUUGAUAGAUGUAAUUUUUUAAACCUUUUUUGACUUCAUACUGGGCGGGUUUUACUUUUCUCUAGGACACCGUAGAUCGUUGAAGAUCUGCGUGGACGGACUGGUUCAGACGGUCAAGUGCAGGUAUAAAUUCACAGGUCUCGAGUGAUGCAGAUCUCAAUCGAGUCUUCAUAAAGAUUCAUUUAAAUAAAAAUCUGCCUGGUUAAAUAUUAAGUGAAAUUUUACAUGAUUGUUUACAAUACAACUAAAGUGGGAAAUAAUUGCUUGUUUAAUUUAACGUACUAGCACACGAACGAUACACUGAUAUCCCGACUUGUAUAUACCUACCUACUUUUCUGCUUUUUUUUUUUUUUUUUACUACAGAGAACCGCAUGUGUCAUUGCUGCCGAUUAGGAGGUUAAAGGUUUAAAAGUGCCUUUACCAAGAACUAAAUGCGGCGUCGUACGGGUCAUAUCCGAUCCUUCGCUUGAUUGUAUGCCUACAGUUUCGACAUUUCCGCCGUGGUUUUGUACUGCAGUAUAUUUCAAAGAGGGCAGUGUAUUUUGGGAGCGUAUACAGAAUGACAUCACCCGCUGAAGGAAUGAGAUGGGGGGGGGGGAGAGAUUCUGGCAAAAGUUUUCAUAGCUCUGGACCAGAAUCAUAACCUUCUGGGAGGAUGCCGAGGGACAAAGCAGAUGUUGUAUCGGUUCAGGGGGCAGAAAGCGCUGCCCAAUAGCAGUACAGAAUUUCCCAUGUCCCAGCUUCGUAACUAUGGCCUUAGUCCCUCAUCCCUCUUUGUGUGACCCCGGGCCCUCUGUGCGUCAGCCGUUUUUUAGCCGGAACGGGGUUCGCUCGAAAGCUGGCGGAGGAAAGUAUGCUUGCAGAAUCUCAUCCGACCCAAUUUACACGCACUGCACGCUCUUGUACACUCUUGCACUGCUGGUUCAAAAUGAGUUUCCGUAGCCCGAGGUCAAUGUCAGCGAGGUUUAUGCCGCCACGCUUGCAGGGGCACUGCGAUGCGGCAGGCGCUGCACCGCGCACCCUGACACAGAUCUGCUUUUAUACCAUGGGAAGGUUGUUCUCCAUACUAAGAUUUAUGAACUAUGUUGCAUAACUGUAUGCAAAAAUACACACAGCGUGAAGGUUAAGUAUUGACGUCUUGAGAUUAUUUCAGAGCCUAAUACAUACAAAAUACAAAAUGAAUUCUGAAAGGCUCGGAUAAACUGGAGCUAGGAAUAAUUGCUGGUAAUUCAGAUUUACCGGAUUUUUUUCGGUAGGAGGUUGUAGGGAUGGUACAGUCUAACAGUCAGUCGACAUGAACCCUGUUUUUAACCCUGUUUUUAUCUCACAUUUGUGUGGAUAAUAUGGUAAGAAACAAAAAACAUGAAAAUUGCAGAGGUCCUGCCUGGUAACCGAAGCUGAAAGUAAUAUGAUAUUUGAGAAGAUAGGAAGUUUUAGACAAACUUUUUUUUUUACAUAAAAACUUCCGUUCGUUGGUUUCGAGUGUUAGCUUUUCUUGUAAUUGGCAUACUUGGUGCAAAACCACUUCGAUCCAUUCUAUUUAUUUCCUGGGUUCCUUAUUUGCUUGCCUGCGAUUUAAUUUAGUUUUGCAAAACAUAUGCAAUUGAUAUACAUAGCUGUUUUGUGGUAUUUCUUGGUAUGCACAGUUUUUGUCACCUUUAAGUGUGCGGCAAAUCGUGGGGAAGUUGCUGGAAACGCAUCACACGAUUGUGCCCCCCCACAGAGGUCAGUGAUAAAUGCAUGCAUCGUAUUCUUCCACUUUUGCAGCACCUAUGAAGAGUAGUGCAGGCAUGAUUAAAAAUUCGAGAGUUGCCAGCGAGUUACAAGGUCCCGACCUGCUUUGUGCUUUGUUUCGUGAGAAAUCCAGAUCGAGCCUUAAAUGGACUGGUACGGAUUAAUUUUAAGGACUCGCAGUGCUGCCAGAUAGGAGUUGCGUCUUUUUCUCCAGCAUGUUAAGGUUCCACGUUAGUGAUCUGUCUUACAUUACAAAGGGCUUUUUGGCAAAAUGUGUCAAUAUAUCGUACCACUACAAACCAUAUCUCUAUAUUUGUAGGCAAAAUAGCGAUACCAAGAUCGCCAGCUCUCACGCAUCUGUCGUGACAUUCACGCUUUCAGACACUCAAGUUCACGCAAGAAAUCAAUACUAUUCUAUUACAUUCUUAAAAAUAACUGCAUCGAAAGCGCAUAGGUAGUUUGCAAUCCCUACAAACUAUUUAUAAGGUGGCAAACUGAUGCAUGCAUACAUGUAAAUGCGGGGGCAGGAUGCCAGAGCUUGUGAUGACAUUGCAUAUAUAUAUGUGCAACCAUAUGUGUGUUCAUGCCAGGCCCCAUGGGCUGUGGCUGAUUAACCCCUGACCAGAGGUGGAGAUUUCAGGUACAGAGAAUAGGCUACAAAUCCAGACCAAGAUUUUGUUUCAACCAACCAUGCAGUUGAGUACUCUGUGACUGUGACUUUUUAUACUCAACUGGUUGUUUGAAACGAAAUCUUGGUCUGGAUUUGUACUCUCUGGACCUGAAGUCUCUACCUCUGCUCUUGACUAUGGUAGUGUUACCGCGUUUUAACUUCUGUUUUUGAGUUUGUUGUUUUCAUUUCCGUUUAGGUUGCGUCUCGUGCUUUUAGUUAUAUGUUAAUUUUUAGCCUAUUACUCACUAACUGGUUCUGCAUUUUGGCAAGUUUGUUUCAAGCGGUUUCUCGACAAAACUUGACACAUCCAAAACUCACAGACUGGUUCUGAUUGUGCUGAUAACCUGCAUGAGAGUUAAGAGAACCUGUUAGCCAAUGUGCCAAUCUCAACAGCCUCUGUGAACAGCUCUGUUGUAUCCUGUUUGUUGUGAUCAGAUCCCCACGACCCUGAAUAAAGCAAGUGGUUACAGAAAUUGGAUUGAUAAAUGGAUGAAUGUUGUGGCCUUGGUGUUGGUUUUUAACCAUUAAUGAAAGCUUUUUAGAUUAUAAGUACUCGACAUUUUACCAGGUUCUUGGAGGCUGACUGUUUAUAUUUUAAACGCUAAAACCUGUUUACGUGAUUUUCAUUCAUUUCAUUUCUAUAAAUUGAACCGAACUUCCCAUACUAUUACUAAUAUUUCUUGGCGGGAACCAAAUGAUCCAUAGCCAGGUCCCUGGGAGCGGCUUAUUUGUUUUUCGAUGAACACCUUUAUUAAAAAAAUAAAAUUUUUAUAAAAUAAAAACUGUGUUCCGGCCAGCAGUGAUAUCUGAACGAAAGUGUCCUUCCUGAUGCUCGAAAAGGGUUGGGGUUGGUUGCCGCUCAGUAAUUCCAAUCCCUGUUUCGUAUCUGUGCCUUCCAGUUAGAAAACGGGACUGACUGUGAUACGGGCGAGUACAUCCUGAAAUAUCGCCCCACUAUCUAACCUUAUAUUGUCAAACUGCAUCGGAAAACUGCGACGCUUUACAUACUGAUGUUAAAACAGCUAAAUAGUCAAGGUCACCAAGUUGUGUCGCUAUUUAUGACCACUUCUGAUUGGUGUAUAUCCUUGUGUGCCUCUAUCUAUCUCCAUGUGACUCCGGAUCGAUUUCAUAAGUGAUUACUGAACUUAAAUGGAUGGAGUAACAAUUUACUGGGAUCCCUUUCUGUCCGAAGGAGCUCCCCGCGUUGCGUGUAAACGAGUGCCUGAGUGAAAUCAUUUAUCCCCCAGUUAAGUAACAGAAGAGAACCGACUUAAAAUUCAAUUGUGGAUUUUUUUCGUUAAAAAAAAGAAAAAAAACUCCGCCGUGAUUUACAGCGAUUGUAGGCUUAGGGGGGGGACAGCCUCUCUCACUCAGUUCUAGGAAUGAUGAAUUACAUAUGGGGGUUAGGGGUUUAAAGACACAGCCCCCCCCCCCCCCAUCGUUAUGAAACAUGAACAUGGCACGGGAAACAUCUAUAGUAUUUGAUAAACUGUAGACGUCGCAACUGAGCGGGGUUACUCUGGGGAAUGAGGCCCGUGGUUGGGGUGGUGGGGGACAGGUUCACCCCCACCCCGUACGGUUCUCCUUUGCUGGUGACACACCACGCUUUUCACGGUGCACACGCCCCUCCUUCAUGCAACAGGCUGCGUUUCCUGCCAGAUGUCUCGCGGCUGGCUCGGCGCUGAACCUCCUGCAACGGAUUUUCCUUAAAGCGCCGUGCGAUCACACCAUGCAUGUAUUCAUCCAUACAACCGCCGCUCCUGUCCAGUUCUUGGGAUUAAGUUCCCCGCUCUAUGGUAUGGCAGCUAUAACCAUUGCAGGACCUGGGCCGUUUGGCGAUAUGGAGAAUCAUGUUGUUCAUGCGCGAUAGGCUUGAGUGGGCAGAGAUGGAUCCAGGAAGACUAAUAUGUACGUUUGGCUCCCUUAAAUACAGCACAUCGUGUAAAACCACUGAAAGCAACGUAUUAUUUCAAGGGGGGGGGGGGGGGGGUUUCCCUCUCUCACGGCUUUAGCCUCCCCUUCCAGCUCACUCUCCCCCAUAUCUGUAUCCUGUUUCUCUUUUGGGCACGCACACUUUUUCCAUUCACCCUGACAGAUUCUCAGGAGUUUUUUUUCUCUCUCUCCCUCCAGUCUUAUUUAUUUAUUUGACAAAAUAAUCCCUGCUGCAAACUCUGAACCCAGUUAUGAAGGAAAAGUGUAUAUCUCGCACUUCAGAAAGCCAGCCAAACUCCCAAUGGUGUUUACUUGUAUUGUAUAUCUUUAUUUCAAGUUGUCAUUUUAUGUAUGAUUUAUUAAAUCUACCCUGAAACAGACUUAUUUUCAUAAAGAUAUGUUCAGACCUCAGAAUUCUGUUUUCUUCUAUCACGCUCCUUAGAUUCUUGAUGAAAUUUCCGUGGAAGCCUACAGACCAAGUCUGCUUCUGAUGUACCCCACAAAGCAGGUGGAGACCGAAUCGUUCGGCUGUGACCCGGAGUACCUACCUCCCUGGCCCAGCACUGGCCGCUCACCGAUGAACAUGCUUUCUCAUGCUCUGGUACCCCUGUCCACCCGAGGAUGAGUAGCUGUUUGAUCGCAGAGAAACACAAUCUGGUGAAGAAUCCUGUCGGCCGCUUGGUCCCAUGAUGGCUACUGUUCCUCCUACUGGCUUCUUGACUAUCAAUUUGACUUCAGUGGACAAUGUGACCAAUGCCUCCUGUGACACCAUUUUGCCCCCCCAGCAUCAGAAUAAGCUAAUCCCCGUUAUCUACAGCAUCAUUUUCAUACUGGGAUCCAUGGGAAAUGGCCUGGUAGUAUUCGUGCUGUGUCAGAAAGGGAGCCGCAAGACGGUGGCUAACACUUAUAUGCUCAGCCUGGCGUUGUCCGACCUGCUCUGCGUCCUCAGCCUCCCUUUCUGGGCUGUCUACUACUUCUUUGAUUAUGACUGGAUCUUUGGCAUGUUUAUGUGCAAGCUUUGCGGGACCCUCGUGACACUCAACCUGUAUGCCAGUAUCUUCUUCAUCACAUGUAUGAGUGUGGACCGCUACCUUGCCAUUGUCCACCCCUUCCGGUCCCAGUGCUGCCGUAGCCCGUGUCGGGCGAGAGCCGUCAGCUGCCUGGUGUGGACUGUGGCCUGCCUGACUGCUGUGCCCGCCAUGAUGUUUAGGAAGAUCUACUACUUGGAUGAGGUGGGCGUCACGGCUUGUGUGAUCAUAUACCCCAAUGUAACAUGGUUCCCCAGGAUGGCGCUGAUGAAGAACAUCCUGGGCUUCGUGCUACCUUUCACUGUCAUCGCCAGCUGCUACUGCAGCAUCGGCCAUCACCUGCUGGCAGGCAAAGGCCUGACUAAGAGCUCCGACAACCUGGACCGCGUCCUCAGGAUGGUGGUGGCAGUGGUUCUGGCUUUCUUCGUCUGCUGGUUCCCCUUCCACGUGCUCACCUUCCUGGAAGCUCUGGCUGACCUCGAUGUGCUGAGAGUCUGCAGCAUACGGCAGGUAGUCAGCAUCCUUCUUCCCUUUGCCCUGUGCAUCGGUUUGUCCAACAGUGCCAUUAACCCCUUCCUCUACUGCUUUGUGGGGAUCCAUUUCCGGCAACAGCUCAGCGAUCUGUACCAGGCUCGGAUGUCCAGCCUAUCCCAGAAGAGAGGGUCCAUUAGCACCAGGCUCAGCUCCUUCUCCAGGAAAUUGAGUGACCUUAAAGACCUUGGUCCUCUAGAAAUUGUGGAGCAGCACAGUGCCCUCUAGAGAAUCUUAGGAUGCCAGUCAAGGACCGGAUAGCUAGAUUACGGCCUCUCCUGCUGAAUCUUCUGGCUGAGCAGCUCUUUGCUUUCUACUGUCUAGCCCUUGCCGUUAUCCAAAGCGGCUGACAAGCUGGGCAUUUUUUACUCCAGGUUCGCUACAGAGUUUGAGGUCAUGUGAACAGGGCCUCAGCCAGCAGUCCAACACACAGCCUUCAGGUUAAACCCACUUCAGAACCUACUGCCCUGUUGUCUUCCCAUCCUUUUUAGAAUGAGAGGUCUAAAAGUUUUCAAAAAUACCUGUCUUUAUUCUUCAAGUGGAUAUAGAGGCCAAGAGUUUUAACACAAGAGUGCAAGGCACCCCCGCCCCCACAUGCACAGUGAUGAUAUAAAUAUGUGUGCCUGCUGCUGUGGACUCCAUAUCCAGGACUAUUAAACUAUUUUAUUUGUUUUAGAUUUUUUUCACGUCACUCACAAAACUUGCCCUUACUUUUUAUAAUAAUUUUAUAAUGCAAAUUGCACUUUUUUGUUACGUUUUUAAUUGAUACAGACACAGCUGUGAAUACAUUUACAUACAAGGGGACCCUCUUGCUUAGCAGUUUCUGUUAUUUUUUUUAACUAAUACGAUAAUGUGUUUAUGGUGUUUCACUUUUCACGGCUUAACAAAAGGCGUUUAUCGAUUAAAUCCACUUUUCAACACGAGGUGUAUGUUUAAAAUAUGCAGACAAAAUAGCGUAACGUUUAUUUACUAGCGCUAUAGCAAUUCUAUUUCGGUUUUCACCAGAUCAGCUCACUACGAAAUGCUAAUGGUCGCAUAUGCAAAAAGUAUUUUUUUUUUGUCUUGUUUUUCUGCGUACAAAUGAUAAACCUGAAUGUUAAUCGGGGUCCCUUCAUUUAUUACUUUCAACUUCUUCAGCCACUUCUCUCCAAGUGAAUCGUAAACUCCGGGCACGUUGUGCGCCUCCGAGAACAGGAGUGAAGUCACGUGACCAAAGCACCCCCCCCCCCCCCCUCACCACCCAAACAACUGCGAAAACAGCGCGGUCACGGUACCCCUAAAAAACGAAACCUUCAGUGGGUACCGCAGCAGAUGUCGAAACCCCACGGCCUCCUCUACGCUGAUUAGUACUAACAGGAAGCUCAGGGGGCUUUUCAUGAAUGAUCACUUUCAUGAACGAAAGUUAAACUUACAGUUUUCUACUUCAGAGUAGGUCAAAAAGGAAGUGUAGCUCUAUCUGCUCCCCCACCCCCCACAUUGUCUUUUUUUUCAGAUAUUGUUUAUUAUACAGAUAAAUACGGAAGAGGAUUAGGGCCACCAUGAAAAUAUUAUUUGAAU